AUGAAUUUUAAGGGUCGAGUGGCGUGUGAAAUCAGUGCAGCGGAUGAGUUGGUGCUCACUGAGAUGAUGUUCGGCGGUGUUUUCACGGAACUGGACGCAUCACAGAUGGCAGCGCUUCUCUCGUGCUUUGUAUUCGAAGAAAAAGCAAGCGCAACGAAUUUAGGGGACGAACUGGGCGGAUGCUUACGUGCCAUGCAGGGUUAUGCGCGGCACAUUGCGGUUUUAUCGAAGGAAUCUAAACUGGAAAUCGAUGAGGAUCAAUAUGUGGAGUCAUUCAAGCCGCAUCUGAUGGAUGUAAUUCAUACGUGGUGUUGUGGCUCAUCAUUUGCCGAAAUUUUACAAAAAACUGAUGUUUUUGAAGGUAGGAUCAGUGUAACCGAUUGUUCCUUUAUGCUUGUCAUCGGCUGCGGCCUGUCGAUUACUUACAAAACCAUUUAG